AUGAGCAGUCAAAACCUAUUUUCACCGGCUGAUUCUGCUGAUUCUUCUAUACCAGCUGGUGCUGAGGCCACAAAGUAUAACAGUAGCCACCAUCACCGUCCUGCGUCAUCUAGAAAAUUAUUCGUAAAUCACAGUAGAGAGAACAGAUGCCACUCUGAAGGAAGUCACAUUGUGGAUGGUACUGAGGCUGUGAUCAGAGAUGACAAUGAGUAUCUAGGAGGGGAAAACUUGUUGCCCGCGGUGUCCUGCGAGAAGCUGGCUAACCACGUAGACACUAUGUUCGCAAAGUUAAACGAUGACAUGAAACGCGUAGCCGCAAUUUAUGGUGAUGGAAGUUUUUUUGCGCGAAAUUUCGAAACUUACGAUGCUGAAGUGGAGGAAUUGGGAAAGCUAAAUGAAGCAGAGGCUAGAGCACAACUUCAACGGUACGCGCUGCGGUGUCACGUGAAUGAGAAGGAAAAAGAACAGCUGCAUAAGAGAAAUCGGGAACUGAAUGAUGCCCUCGAAAUUUUGCGAGUCCACAUUUUACGUACGCAAAGCAAUGUGCUUGAUCAGGCUCGGAGAGUUGCGAAACAGGCUACAGAAGGUUUGAAUGAGCUGCUUCAAUCUUCAUCGAAGGAAAUCACAAAGCUAAAUCAGAAAAAUGCUCUAUCGCUGGCACAAAGUAGCUCUUUACAAAAUCAGCUCAAGCAGACAACUGCUCAGUUGGAAGCAAAGAAAGAAGCCUUGAAAGAAGCAAAUAAAAAUCUAGACAUGCUUCGUUUUGAAAGAGAUUCGCUGCAGAAUCACAGCGAUCAACGUGAUCAAAAGCUAGAGCAACUUGAGUCUCGUAUACAUGAUCUCAGUGAAGAUUUAAGACUGAAAGAGGAAGCCGUGAUAAAAGCAAAAGCAGAGCUCAGCGUUCGAGACCAAGAAAUUCAAGCUUUGAAGGAAAAGCUCAAAGAGGUGGAGACCGCUGCUGACGCAUGUCUAAAAAGAAGAGAGCUGGAAAUCAAAAGACAAAUGGAUCAUUAUCUGCAAGAAACGAAGGCUAUUGAUGCCGAAAGGGAGCGACAGGCAAGAGCGAAGAUUUUAGAAGUGCAGAGGCAGCUUAAAGCUGUUGAAGAUCAACGUGACGAAGCAGAACAACGGGCGCUAGCAGCGGAGGAGAAGGUAGCAGACUAUGAGGAAAACUUCCUGAAGUAUCGUGGACAAAUGGAAGGUGAAGCAUUGCGCGCAAUCACGAGCGGCUACCGUAACGCGUUGUCUGCAAUCCCUUCGUCAAGAAUCACUUCAUCGCCUUUAGAUCGACUGUUUCCUAACAGAACAUCGAGCUACAGAGAAAACAUUGACCCGGCCUGUGAUCCUUUCGAGAAAUUGUAUACUGCUAGAACAUCACACAGCAGAAUUCCUCCAAGAUCUGAAGCAACAUCCUCAAGAGCCCAGAUAUCUCGCCCUCGUCGUAAAAAGUGACCAGAAAUGAAGUUUUUAUAACCAGAUUUAUCACCGGACGAUCUCUUACCAGAUCUAAGUACUCGUACACUCAGCUCACUUCAGUUAUGAAUCUCACGCAUUAAGUUGAUUUCUGUACAUCUACUCCCAACUAGAAAGUAACAUCUAACGUAUAGAGUCAAACUCCGAUGCUUCAUGUAUCAUAUCAAAUAUCACGUCU